GUCAUGCACGCGCCCCGUGUCUGUGGAAGGUGAGCGAGCGCGAGAGUCUAGAGGAGAGGACGCGAGCCUGGAUCGAUCGGAUUAAACUCGAAUUGAGUGAAAUUAACACAAAGGAGAGAAGCAGAGUCGGCGAGGACGGGACGCUGAGACGCCGACUUCACCGAAAGAAUUUGAAUUUCGACAGUUAUUCGCGUAUUUAAACGGAUUUUCGGGAUAUAAGAAGAGGAGUUAAUUGGUGAAAACCCUAAACUGACCCGCGUUGAGUAGGGUCCUGUAACCUGACUUUGCCUGACACUGCGUUCUCUGAGAGAAUUAAGGAAAUAUGGAGUGACAUGCUGCAGAUUAGUUAGCGGAUUAGCGGCUUUGAGGACAUCCACCUCUGUGUGAGCACACAUUCCCUGUCCUGCUUCUGAAGCUCGGCUGCACAGCAGGAGCACUGCAGCCAUGGCUGACCCAGGCAUGAUGAGCCUCUUCGGAGACGAUGGGAGUCUGUUCUCUGAUGAGUUGGAGGGCCUGGGGGACUGUGGCUACCCCCAAGGUCAGGCAAAUCCAAUGAGUCAACAGAUGCCCCAUGAGCACCAAGGCUACGGGCAGCUCCCCUCUUCUCUUCACCUCUCCUCACCUGCUGUACCUGGACAGGCCAAGCUUGGCCUCCAUUUUGACCACUUCAGUCAGUAUGAGCAGCCCAAGAUGCAUCCAAUGGACCAGCAGGGGGGCCGGAUAAUGGGGAACGGACCAGUUAAUGGCAUGUCCUCCCCUCAUUCCCGCUAUCACGGUCCUCCACCAGGUGCAGGAGGGUCUGCAGGGCAUCAUGUCUACCCGGGAGCACAAGGAGAUGGCCAGAGCCAGUCAUUCUCAGAUAGCGGAAAUGCGUGGGGCGCUCAAGCGAUGCAGGUGCCCGAUCAAGCUAGACCUGCUUUCCAGCAGCAACCUCCACAAGCCUCGUCUCAUCAGCACGGCCCUGCCGGACCACAGGGACAUGCCCACCAAAUGGGCCCUUUCAUCGGCCGUGGUGACUAUGCCAUGCAGGGCCACAACCAGACGCAAACACCCCCCAGAAUGAACCACUUUCCCCAAGGCCUCCCUCAGGAAGCCAAUCAUUUCAUGGGUCACGUGGGGAUGACUCAGAAUCCCGGCAUGUCGGGACCCCCCAUGCGUCACCCAGCACAGCCUCCUCAGCAGCAUCAGCAACCCAAUCAACAAUUUCUCCACAGGUCUGGCCAGGGUCCGGUUCAUCAGGAGUCUGUCGCCAGCCACAACCCCCAGUUCCCACAAAGCCCUUCAAGACAGCAGCAGCAACAACAACAGCCGCAGCAGCAGGUCAUGGGCGGAAGACCCCACCAAAACAUGGGAUAUAACAUGCACAACCAGCAAGUCCCUUCCAACACUGUAAACAGCUCAGGGCAGUACCCUCCCUAUCCUUCAUACGGCAACCUUAGUCAGGGAUUAGCCAACACUUCAGGGAUGAGUCCCAACUUGAGCCUUACCACCAGCAGCAACAGUAACCCUAAUGCUCCCGUGACCCAGGUGCAGCGUUACCCUGCCCCGACGGGGCCCCAGCGCUACCCCACACCUGGGGCUCAACAGGGACCAAUGCACCAGCAGCCCAUUCAUGUGAACCAAAUCAACACCCAGCCUAUGCAUCCAGCUCAGAACCAGGUUGCAGCCCAGCAGAAGCUGCAGCAACAGCAUCUACCGCCUCCACCUCAGGGAUCAUACGCCUCCCCUCCUUCCAUGUCGCCCAUGAGGAACCUGGCUACCCCUGCGGGCACGCCUCCUCCCCAGCAGAGCCGCCCGCCCAGUGCGGGUUUGGUAACUGAUGUGGGCGGCUACCCCGGCGUCCCGCAUCAGCCUCAAGGCCCAAUGGCUCUCGCCCAGAGAGGAGCCUGCCCAAUGAAUGCAGCUCUGCAGCAUCCCCACCAACAGCUGUCGUCGCAUCCCUCACACCCACAUCCUCCACCAACCCAGAUGUACGCUGCUUUGUCACCCAAUCACAGGGCCACGGGCGCUCAAGGAAGACCUCCAGCAGGACCGGGUGCGAACCACACAGAGCCCCAGGACCAGAGGCUGCUCGCCCAACAAGCGCAGCGCCAGCAGCUGCAGACGCCCCCAUUGCCUUUCCAGCAGCAACAGCUGCAGCAGGUGCACACCCCUCCUUCGAUUCCCCCGUCACAGACACACCUGGCUGCACACCACCAGAGCUCCCCUCCAUCUCAGCAGGCAUGGGCACCUCCUCACCAGUCGCCUCCACCCAUGCAGAAAGUGCCUCACAUGCAGCAUUCUCCAUCAGACCCUUCCCUGGAGAUGAUAACAUCUAGUAAGACACCUGCCUUGGGCCCAAACCUCCAACCAGCCAACUGUGAAAUACAGCAGACGAAGAGCGAGCUCAAGCCAAAAAAGAAGAAAAAGAAGAAAGCCAAGACGAGCGAAGACCAAGAGGGUAACAACAUUAUUGGUGAGGCCGGAGGAGCUUCUCUGAUAAACGAGGGAGACUCUCUUAUGACUCCUGUGGAACAGUCUAUCAUUGAAAAGAAGAGCAAAAAGAAACCAAAGGAGAAGGAGCCCAAGGAACCGAAAGAGCCCAAGACUCCCAAAACCCCGAAGACUCCUAAGACACCCAAAGAACCUAAGGAGAAAAAAGUGAAGACUGCCACCCCGAAGCCUAAGAGCUACAAAAAGCCCAGGUAUGCAAAAUCUGAGCCUCCUGUAGUCUUCAAAUCACCGGAGGAAGAGGAAGAUGAUGGUGUUCAGAAGAGGCGAUCUAGUCGGCAGGUGAAGAGGAAACGCUACACUGAGGACCUGGAGUUUAGAAUUUCUGAUGACGACGAUGGAGAGGAUUCUCCUGGACCAAAGUCUCCUUCAACCACAUCUGAGCAGCAGGAGCUGCUGGAUGCGGAGGGCCCUGUGGUGGAGAAGAUCAUGGGGAUGCGUAUGGGAAAGAAAGAGUUGGCGUCUGGUGAAGAGGUUGAAGUUGAGGAGUUUUAUGUAAAAUUCAAAGGCUUCUCUUACCUGCACUGUCGCUGGGCAGACAUCGAAGAGCUGGAGAAGGAUAAGAGAAUCCAGCAGAAGGUCAAGAGGUUUAAGGCUAAGCAGGCCCUCAGUAACUUCCUAACUGAGAUGGAUGAUGAGCCAUUCAACCCAGAUUAUGUGGAGGUGGACAGGGUUCUGGAUGUGUCUAAAAGCACCGAUGAAAAUGGAGAGCCUGUAACGCUGUACCUGGUGAAGUGGUGCUCCUUGCCCUAUGAGGACAGCACGUGGGAGUUAAAAGCUGACAUCGACCAAGGGAAGAUUGAGGAGUUCGAGAGAGUGAUGGAGCGUGAGCAGGAGCCGAAGCGCGUGGAGCGACCUCCCGCCAGCGACUGGCAGAAAUCCGAGAGUUCCAGAGAAUAUAAAAACGGCAAUGCGCUCAGGGAAUACCAGCUGGAGGGAGUCAACUGGCUGCUCUUCAACUGGUACAACACACGAAACUGCAUUUUAGCCGAUGAAAUGGGCCUUGGCAAAACAAUUCAGUCCAUCACAUUCCUCCAUGAGAUAUACCUGAAGGGAAUCCACGGCCCUUUCCUGGUGAUUGCACCUCUUUCCACCAUUCCCAACUGGGAGAGGGAGUUCAGGACAUGGACUGAGCUAAACGUAGUUGUCUAUCACGGUAGCCAGGCCAGCCGAAAGACUAUUCAGGCUUACGAGAUGUACUACAGAGACACACCGGGUCGUGUAAUAAAGGGAUCCUACAAAUUCCAUGCAAUAAUCACCACGUUUGAGAUGAUCCUGACGGACUGCCCCGAGCUUCGGAGUGUGCCGUGGCGCUGUGUGAUCAUUGAUGAGGCUCAUAGGCUCAAGAACAGGAAUUGCAAGCUGCUUGAGGGCCUAAAGAUGAUGGACAUGGAACACAAAGUCCUGCUGACUGGAACCCCACUGCAAAACACAGUGGAGGAGCUCUUCAGUCUCCUUAAUUUCCUGGAGCCUGACAGGUUUCCCUCUGAGUUGACCUUCAUGCAGGAGUUUGGAGAUCUUAAAACAGAAGAACAAGUGCAAAAACUGCAGGGCAUUCUGAAGCCUAUGAUGCUGCGCCGACUAAAGGAGGAUGUGGAGAAAAAUCUUGCACCGAAAGAGGAGACCAUCAUUGAAGUAGAGCUGACCAAUGUGCAGAAGAAAUACUACCGUGCCAUCUUGGAGAAGAACUUUGCCUUCCUGUCCAAAAGUGGUGGAGGUGGAGGUGGAGGUGGAGGAGGAUCCAAUGGUCCCAACCUGCUGAACACCAUGAUGGAGCUGAGAAAGUGCUGUAAUCACCCCUACCUCAUCAAUGGAGCCGAGGAGAAGAUAAUGGAGGAGUUCAGGGAGAGUCACCCCUUAGACCACCCAGAGUUCCACCUCCAGGCCAUGAUCCAGGCUGCAGGAAAACUGGUGCUGAUAGACAAGCUGCUCCCCAAACUGAAGGCUGGGGGUCACCGUGUGCUCGUCUUUUCCCAGAUGGUGCGCUGUCUGGACAUCCUGGAGGACUACCUCAUCCAGAGACGGUAUCCAUAUGAGCGUAUAGAUGGCAGAGUUCGAGGAAAUCUCCGCCAGGCAGCUAUUGACCGCUUUUCACGACCAGACUCUGACCGUUUUGUGUUUCUGCUGUGCACCAGGGCUGGAGGCCUGGGUAUUAACUUAACUGCAGCUGAUACUUGCAUUAUAUUUGACUCUGACUGGAACCCUCAGAAUGACUUGCAGGCACAAGCUCGUUGCCACAGGAUAGGACAGAGCAAGGCUGUGAAGAUUUACCGCCUGAUCACCAGGAACUCCUACGAAAGAGAGAUGUUUGACAAGGCCAGUCUGAAGUUAGGAUUGGACAAGGCUGUGCUUCAGUCCAUGAGCGGGAGGGAAAAUGCUGCCAAUGGGGUUCAGCAGCUCUCUAAAAAGGAGAUUGAGGACCUUCUAAGGAAAGGAGCGUAUGGUGCUCUAAUGGAUGAGGAGGAUGAGGGAUCUAAGUUCUGUGAAGAAGACAUCGAUCAGAUUUUGCAGAGACGUACACAGACCAUUACAAUUGAAUCAGAAGGCAAAGGCUCAACAUUUGCUAAGGCAAGUUUUGUGGCCUCUGGGAACAGAAGCGACAUUUCUCUGGAGGACCCAGAUUUCUGGCAGAAAUGGGCAAAGAAAGCAGAGCUGGACCUGGAUGUGAUCCAUGGCAGGAAUACUCUGGUGAUUGACACUCCUCGGGUCCGGAAGCAGACUCGGCACUACAGUUCUAUGAAGGAGGAUGAAUUGAUGGAGUACUCAGAGCUUGAGAGUGACUCAGAGGACAAGCCCAUUCAGAAACCGCGGAGGCCCCAGGACCGAACCCAGGGGUACCCCCGCAGUGAGUGCUUCAGAGUGGAGAAGAACCUGCUGGUGUAUGGCUGGGGCCGCUGGGGUGACAUCCUGUCCCAUGGACGCUUUAAGCGCCCACUGAGGGAGCGAGACGUAGAGACCAUCUGCCGCGCACUCCUGGCCUACUGCCUGCUCCACUACCGUGGAGACGAGAACAUCAAGAGCUUCAUUUGGGACCUCAUAACCCCUACCGAGGAUGGCCAGAGCCGCACACUGACCAACCACUCUGGACUGUCUGCUCCAGUGCCCCGGGGGCGUAAAGGGAAGAAGGGGAAGCCGCAGGCUGCUCAAACUCACAUGCCACAGGCUGACUGGCUUGCUGACUGUAAUCCUGACAUCCUCCUUCAAGAGGACAGUUACAAGAGACACCUGAAACACCACUGCAACAAAGUGCUGCUGCGGGUCCGCAUGCUCUACUAUCUGCGACAAGAAGUCAUCGGAGACCAUGCAGACAGAAUCCUGGAGGGAACCGAUUCAAGCGAGUUGGAUAUCUGGAUCCCACAACCCUUUCACGCUGACGUCCCCACUGAUUGGUGGGAUCUCGAAGCGGACAAGUCCCUCCUAAUCGGCGUCUUUAAGCAUGGCUAUGAGAAGUAUAACUCUAUGCGUGCUGACCCCACCCUGUGUUUCCUGGAGAGGGUGGGCAUGCCCGAUGCCAAGGCCAUCGCUGCCGAGCAGAGGGGAGCGGACAUGAUGGCAGAUGGUGUCGAGGGAGAGGAUGAGGACCCAGAGUACAAGCCACUCCGGAUGCAGUUUAAAGACGAUCUGGAUGAUUUUACAAACUCUCCCCUGGAUGAUAAAGACGAUGGGAUGGAUGGCGAGACUGGAGAAGCGCCUAAGCCUGGUGAGAAUGGGAAAGCGGGCAAUCUGUACUGGCCGCCAGCCUCUGCUCUGACAGCCCGAUUGCGCCGCCUCAUCACGGCCUAUCAGCGCACUCACAAGCGUGAGCAACUAAGGCAGGAAGCCAUGACCAAACCUGACCGGCGCCGAGGCCGUCCGCGUGAUGACAUCCUUGCCAUGGUGACAGAGGGAGGAGCUUAUGCUCCAGAUGGAGCGGUGGCUUUUAUGGCUGAAGGAGGGCCUUUCAUGGCCAAGGGAUCACCUUUCAUCCCUGAUAGCGCCGCCCUGCUGGCUGAUGGAGCGGCUUAUUUUAAAGAGCGAAGGCAGAGAUGGACAAGGCGUGAAGAGGCCGAUUUCUACCGUGUGGUGUCCACAUUCGGUGUGGUUUAUGACGUGCACAGACAGUGCUUUGACUGGUCCCAGUUCCGUGCUUUUGCUCGUCUAGACAAGAAGACAGACGAAAGCCUGGAAAAAUAUUACUACUCUUUUGUGGCCAUGUGCAAGCGGGUGUGUCGGAUGCAUGUCAAAUCCGAAACAGCAUUUUUUUUUUUAUAUAUAUAUAUAUAUAUAUAUAUCUCACUCUUUCGUAUCGAGCUGCUGCGGCGGAUCAGGGAACAGGUGUUGCCGCACCCUCAGCUGGAUGAGAGGAUGAGUCUGUGCCAACUAAGCCCUGACCUCCCAGCCUGGUGGGAGCCCGGACGCCAUGACCGAGACCUCCUGCGGGGCGCCGCAAAGCACGGUGUCAGCCGCACUGACUACCACAUACUCAACGACCCCGAGCUCAGCUUCUUGGAGGCCCAUCGGAAGUUAACACAGGGCAAGGGUGCGGAGGUGCCCAUCAUGUCUGAUCCUCUUACACCUCUGAACCUGCUCAAAGACGAGGAGGUGAAGGAAGAGCAGGGAGAUGACUUGGUGCCCAAAGUGGAGAAUGGUGACAUGGAGGAGGUCAAAGAAGAAAAACCUGAAGCCCUCUCUCCUAAAAAAGAAGAGGAAGCAAAUGAUUUGGGUCUGAAGCACGAGCCUAAAGAGGAAAAGAUAGAAGUGGAGGAGAAAGAUGAUACGAUGGAGGUUAAGACCAAGGUAGAGCAGGGUUGUCCUGUGGAUGGUAUGACUGAUGAGAAGCCCAUGAAUCAGGAGCCCACUACCCCCGAGGACAAAAACGCUGAGGAUGAGAAAGAGCCACUGACCACUGAGACUAAACUUCCUACUGACAAAACAUCCAAAGAAGUUGAGGAAGAGAAGAUGGAUGAGGACGACAAAUCAGAAAAAUCUUCACAAGCUGAAGUUGGAGGAGCCUCUGAGAGGAAGAAUUUUGAUGAGGAGAGUAACGCCUCCUUGAGCACGGCCCGCGAUGAGACCAGGGACUGCUUCAGUGUUGAUGACGUUGAGCCGUCAGUCUCUCAGAUGUUCAGUGAACGUUCACUGUUCUCUUUCUGGCCUAAGGACAGGGUAAUGAUCAAUCGUAUGGACAACAUCUGUGAAGCGGUCAUGAAGGGCAAGUGGCCUUCCAACAGGAGGCAGUUCUUUGACUUCCCAGGCCUGUUGCCUGGCUACAGCUCCAUGGCAACGGACAGCCCCCUGCAGAGGCAGAGUCUUGGUGAUCUCUCAUUGGUGGCUCAGACCAGCUAUAGUGGCAGUGAGGACCUCACCAUGUCACCACAGGUCAACAAGGAUGAUGCUUUGAGUCUGUCAGUACCUCGGCAGCGCAGACGCAGGAGGAGGAAGGUGGAGAUCGAGGCGGAGCGUGCUGCCAAGCGCAGGAACCUGAUGGAGAUGGUCGCUCAGUUACGAGAGUCCCAUGCUGCAGAAGGCCAAGCACAGGCCAUAGACCUGACCAAGGCCCUGCAAGGCGUGUCCACCUCCUCUUCCUCCUCCACUUUCCCUGGAGCCAUGGCCUCCUCCGCAGCCCUGAAAGCACAGAUGGAGCUGCUGCAAGCAGGCGCUUCCUCUAGACCCAGAGCCAACGGCUCUCUACUUGACACUGAACUCCCCAACCGGAGAAAGAGAGGUCGCAGGAAAAAUGUGGAGGGGUUGGAACUGCUCUUUAUGGGGAACAAAAGAGGACAACUCAAUGCGGAAAAUUCCGAUGGGACCAAAGCUUUUGUGGAUGGGCGGGCACGUAGACCCAUGUCAUCUCCUGCACAUAAGGCUCCCGUUGAAGGCCUAGAAGAGGGAAGCCAUCUUACAGGGGAAGAUGGACCCAGCACUAAGGACCUACGGGAGUGGCUGAGACAGCACCCCACCUACACUAUGGAUAUGCCUGGAUACGUACCAAAGAAUGAGGACCUCCUCUCUCAGUUUGCCAAGCCCAAACAGAAGAGACACAGAUGCCGCAAUCCCAACAAGAUCGACAUUAAUACGCUGACCGGAGAGGAGAGAGUCCCUGUUGUUAACAUUCGGAAUGGGAGAAAGAUGGGAGGAGCCAUGGCACCUCCAAUGAAGGAUUUACCCCGCUGGCUGGUUGAAAAUCCAGAAUUUGCUAUCGCCCCAGACUGGAUGGAUAUAGUGAAGCAAUCGGGCUUUCUCCCAGAGUCCAUGUUUGACCGUCUUCUGACUGGGCCAGUAGUCAGAGAGGAGGGCGUGCGCCGCAGAGGCAGGCGACCCAAAUCUGAGAUCGCCAAGGUGACAGCAGCAGCGCAGGCAGUGGCUUCCACGUCCGGCGUUAAUCCUUUGCUGAUGAACGGGCUGUUUGGCGGUAUAGACCUGACCAGUCUGCAGGGCCUGCAGAACCUCCAGAGCCUCCAGCUGGCUGCUGGCCUCAUGGGCUUUCCCCCUGCUCUCGGAGGGGGAGCGGACGCCAAGCACGCGGCAGCCAUACUGCCUCUCAUGCUUCCUGGCAUGGGUGGCCUCCCCAACAUGUUCAGCCUGGGGGGUCUGUUUGGAGGAAACCUGGCUGCCGCUGCGACGGCCACCAAUGGCGCCUCUGGCACAGAACAGGCUGAAUCUGAGGAGAAUCCCAAGCUGAAGACGGACGAUGAGACCAAGGACGAAGGAGAGGAGAAGGAAGCAGAGAAAUCGUCUGAAAUGGAGUCUGCUGAGGCAACCGGUGACGCAGCUGCACUGAAUGCAGCCGUGGCCGCCGGCAUGUCCACCAGCGCGCUGGCCUUCAACCCUUUCCUGCUUUCCACCAUGGCCCCAGGCCUCUUCUACCCAUCCAUGUUCUUACACCCCAGUCUUGGCGGCCUGGGCAUCCCAGGCUUCCCCCAAGCUUCUCUAGCUGACCUCCAGAGCACUGUGUCCGGGGCCUCGGGGGCCACCGGCAAGGACAAGGAGUCCGGUAAAGGGCUCCGCAAAAAUCAGGACCAGAAUGCCUCCACGGCUGACGUGGAAACUGCUGACAACACACUUGAAGACAGUGACUCAGAGGAGAGCCAGAACAAGACUGCUGAUUCAUCAGUACUAGAUGAUGACCUGGCAGGGCCGGCAGAGGAAAUGGACUCCAUGGAGGGUGGAAUGGAUGAUGAGGACGGUGAUGAUGAUGAGGAUGAUGACCCUGCUGAUGAGGAUGACAAAAGUGACUAAAAAAACUGAAUCAGGCCUUCUAACAUUUCCCCAGGGCUGAAGAGACGCAGACUGAACUCUUGACAGAAUGGUUAGUCCAGCUGUUUACAUGCCAACUCAAUAUCCAAAACACUUUGGUCGUUUGGUUUUUGUUGACAGGUAACGUUAAGAGGAAAGCAAAUAAGCUGUCUCUGUAACCAUUAGCAUAGCCAGGGAUGACGUGAACAGUUGUGCGGAUGUCAAAAGGGUGUUUUUUUUUCCUGUGUUUUCCUUACUUUUUUUUUUGUUUUUAUUUUUAUUUUUUCCUUGAAGUCUUUGGCACUGUGUGGGUGCCUUCUAGAUGAGAUGGAAAUGUCCUUAAAUAUUAUAGGAAUUAAUUGUUCCGAUAGUGCUAUGCUGCUCUCUCAUUUUAAUAUUAUUUUUUGUUUUGUUGUCACUUUUUUUUUUUUCUCUCUCUCUCUCUACUGUUGAUAUUGUACCAAUGAGUAGCAUCUUGUAAUAUUCAGUGAUGUACAAUUUAAUGGCAUUAAGACACUCUCCGCUGCUGAGGAAGAAUCGUGGUUUUCGUUGUACUGUUCUGCUGAGAGGAGCGGGCAAAGUUCUCACAUAUCAUAGCCUACACUCGGACUGUUCCCAGUCUCUCACUGACAAUCCAAACGGGUGAGGAGACCUCUCGACCUGUGGAGACAGCAAUAACGAAGGCAGCUUUUGAAUGUUCAAUUUUACUCUUUUGACUAAACACCGGAAAGUGUGAAAAAGUGACAUGAAAUAAAUUACUGAAGUCAAACGGUCUCAUUGUAUCCAUGUUAAUGCACUGGUGUAAGAAUAAAAUCAGGUACCUUUAUCUAUUUGAAUGGACUUUUGUUACUUUAGCCACAAAGCUGAACAGCAUUACCUCAAUUCUAACUAGCCUUGAAGUUUACAGACAUAAAUGUUGUAAAUGUUUUUUUUUUUUCUUUUGUGUCCUUUUUUUAAUCUUUUUUUUUUCUUCUUUUUUUGUUUGAAACCAUCAUGUAUGAUGAACUGUUAAUUGCUGCCAACUGUAGUAAUGAUGCUUUUAAUAAAAG